AUGGAGCGGACGAACCACAGUGGCAGAGUGAGUGAGUUUGUGUUGCUGGGAUUCCCAGCUCCCGUGGCAGUGCGGGCACUACUGUUUUCCCUCUCUUUUCUGGCCUAUGUGUUGGUGCUGACUGAGAAUGGACUCAUCAUCAUGGCAAUCAGGAGCCACCCCACCCUCCACAAACCCAUGUAUUUCUUUCUGGCUAAUAUGUCCUUCUUGGAGAUCUGGUAUGUCACUGUCACUAUUCCCAAAAUGCUUGCUGGGUUCAUUGGGUCCAAGAAGCAAAAUGGACAGCUAAUCUCCUUUGAGGGCUGCAUGACACAGCUUUACUUUUUCCUGGGCUUGGGCUGCACUGAGUGCGUCCUUCUUGCUGUUAUGGCCUAUGAUCGUUAUGUGGCCAUCUGUCACCCUCUCCAUUACUCUGUUAUUGUCAGUGGCCGGCUGUGUGUGCAGCUGGCAGCUGGCUCCUGGGCUGGAGGCUUUGGGAUCUCCAUGGUCAAAGUUUUUCUUAUUUCUCGCCUCUCUUACUGUGGCCCCAACAUCAUCAACCACUUUUUCUGUGACGUCUCCCCACUGCUCAACCUCUCAUGCACUGACAUGUCCACAGCAGAGCUCACUGACUUUAUUCUGGCUAUUUUUAUACUGCUGGGGCCACUUUCUGUCACUGGGGCUUCCUACAUGGCCAUUACUGGUGCUGUCAUGCGCAUCCCUUCAGCGGCUGGACGCCACAAAGCUUUUUCUACCUGCGCCUCUCACCUCACUGUUGUGAUCAUCUUCUAUGCAGCCAGUAUCUUCAUCUAUGCUCGGCCUAAGGCACUUUCAGCUUUUGAUACCAACAAGCUGGUCUCUGUACUCUAUGCUGUCAUCGUACCGUUGCUCAAUCCCAUUAUUUACUGCUUGCGUAACCAAGAGGUUAAAAAAGCCCUACGCCGUACUUUGUACCUUUACCAAGGCCAGGAUGCUAACUUCAAGAACUCUGGGAGGGACAGACAACAAGACUUUCUGGCUUUCUUUAUGAGUGUUAAUGUUCACAUUGAAUUAGAGAGAACUUCGGAAAGGCAUGUAUUAAAGGAUGUGACCAUCAUUAAACCAGAGGCCCUGGGCAGAGGCAAGGUCAGCCUGUCCUGGGCCCCUGCAGUCUUAUCAGGGAUAACAGGCUCACGCUUCUCUGUCCCAGCCCUGUGCACUCACUGGGACUCCCACGGCCGACUGGAAUGUUCCCCACCUGCCAUGUUUAUUUGCCAUGAGCCAAACGCCUCCAUAGACAGUGGAUCCUGGAUGAUUUUAAUGUCUGCCUUUUCAUUUUCCUCUGUUCUUUCUGGUGCCUCUCUGUGUGGUCAUGGCAUUGUGGUGACAGUGAUCACUGUGAAGGAGCCCUUGGCCAAAAUCCAACCCAGAACAGUACCACCAGAGACGGAGCGGAAGGGGCCCUUUUCGGAGGUGCCAUUCUCCUUAGCCAAGACAAUGGCAUUUAAAGCUCACUUUGACAGAGGAACAUGUAAUGUAAUUGAAAAUAAAGGUCCAAGGACCUGGAGAAGAUUACAACUGGUUACAUUGUGA